AUGAGAACGUGUGCGCGCGGGCCCGGAGGGUAUGCCGAUCCCCUUCUCUCGGCGUUUAUGCAAUUUCCGGACAGACUUUGUCUUCUGAUUUCCGUCUUCCGGUUCCCUCCACUAAUUGGACCGGCCAUGAAUAGUGUGACCAAGCCCGUCCGCCACAGGCGUGCCGAUCUCUUACUGUUGUGUUCAUUCGGCCUUAUCAGCAUGGUACUUUCUUCCAGUUUGGUACUUCUCUUUCACAUAUUUGGCAACCAAGUAUGGCCAUUUUAUGACCAACCUCCACCAUUCCGACUUCCCAAUUCCAUGGCCCCUUAUUUCUACGAUCUUAAUCUGAAGCUUUAUCCCAUCCUGGAUGCGGAACACGACUUCGGAGAGCACAAUAAUACCAUUCAUGGACAGAUGGAUGUCCAUUUCAAAUGCCAUGAGAGUACCUCGAUUCUAAUUCUGAAUGCUUAUGACUUGGUGAUUUCUCAGGAUUUGAUGAUUCGAGAUCUGGAUGAGAUUGAAUUGAUCCAAGUGAUGGGUGUCAAAUAUUAUUCUGUGAAUCGUCAGAUCGUUCUAUUUCUUCGGAAACCCCUCUCCAAAGGCCAUAAGUAUGGCCUGCUAAUGAAUUAUGUGGCCAAGAUCGGAGAUGAGGGACUAAAGAACAAAGAUGAGAGGACCAAAGUCGGCGCUUUCACAAGUCCGUUGGACACAAAUGAGAUCGAGUAAGUUUAAUAAAGUUAAGAAGCAAUUUGCUUGCAGAAAAGUACUGGUUACACAUUUCCAAUUCUUCGAGGCCUCGAGGGUAUUUCCCUGUUUCGAUGAGCCGGACAAGAAGGCCAAUUUCAAUCUGAAUCUGAUUUAUCCGGCCACUUACAAUGCCCUGGCCAACAUGCCAGCACUCCGGACCCAUUUCAUUAAUCGGUAACUACUUUGUUUUGAAAUAAUUGCUGCACUAACUAAAUUUUUUUAAAAUCACUAUUUUAGUCAAUGGGCGCACACCGAAUUCGAAAUGACACCUCUAAUGUCACCUUACCUCUUUGGAUUUUACAUCGGAAAGUUUGGAAUACUUGAAACAGAGGAAAACGGAAUUAUAAUACGAUUUAAUGCCAGAAAUGACACUUUGGAGAAGAUACGACCAGCUCGGGACAUCGCGGUGAAGGCUGUCAGCUACUUCCAAAAAUAUUUUGGAAUCAAAUUUCCUUUACCUAAACUUGGUAAGUCAAAUGACGUCGCGUUCCUUUGUAAUAUUACGAUGACUUCCUUCAGACUUUAUUGUUGUCGGCACGUUAGCUGUUGCUGGAAUGGAGAACUGGGGGAUUGUGACGGUUAGAGAUUCUGAAGUCAUCUUCGAUUACGGUGUCUCUGAUGAUGACCGAAUGAUUCAAAGGACAGCCGAGCUCAUCACUCAUGAAGUCUGUCACCAGGUACAGUGUUAUGCAAUAUUGCGUGGGUCGUGACGUCAGAUGUGACUUUGUGGUGUGAAAUUUCUAUGUUUUACCCUUUCCAGUGGUUCGGAAAUAUCGUUGGCCCCAAAUCUUGGGAUGAUUUCUGGUUCUUCGAAGCUAUGACUGCUUAUGCCAGCUCCAAGGCGAUCCCCCAAAUCAUGGAAGAUCAAUAUUUUGAGGUCAGUGUAAAAUGAAUGUAAUGUAACAGAUCCCGAAGUUCAGACAUUAUUUGAAUUUCGAGAUAAAGAAAUGUCCUUGGAUGUAAAUGAAUAUGCAGAUGUAUCGAUCAGGACCAAGAUCGAUCGCCCUCUUCUCCACAAAGACCUAGGACGACCAAUUUAUUAUCAACAAGGUCAUUGUGUGGUUAAAAUGUUGGAGGAUAUUGUGGGGGAAGAGGUGAUGAGGGCCUCGUUCCAGGAGUUCCUCAGAAAAUAUUCAUAUGGAUCGGCUACUUCUAAGGAUUUCUUCCGAAUAAUCGACGAGUAAGUUCAUAAUAAGCAUCUUUUCAGUGUCUUGAAUUAUUUUUAUUUAGGAUUCUGGAAUUAGAAGGUCAUUAUCUCUAUGAAAUUGGACUAAAAACCUCUGAAUUUGUGGAGAGUUGGGCUUCGAACCGAGGACUUCCUCUGAUCUCUGUGAAUCUUCUGAAUGAGACCCAUUCCGUCGUCUCUCAAUCAGUUUACAAUCCGAUCAGAGCAAAUGAUGGGAAGGCAGAGAAGGCUAAAUGGCAUGUUCCCAUCUUCUACACCUCCAAUGGAAAGGAGAAGUUAAGACUUUUAAAGAACGGGGAGCCCGGUGAGUGAGAAGUUUGAUUCCUGAUUUCAUCAUGGAUAAUAUCAAAUUUUGUGCUGUUGUAAUUUUUAAUGCGUACAUCUGGUUGCAACAGCAAUGUCAUUGUCUAUUUUUGCAUAGUAAUGUAGCACAUGCAUAAGCGGAAAUGACACAAUCUUCUGGCAUUUGUUUCGGCAGUAGGCGAGACUUCCGUGGGCCGGAACAAUCUCUAAUUGAGUUGUAACUAUGAAAUAUCCGAGCAAAAAGCAUGUAUUCUCGGAAUUGUAAACAUAUCACUUUUAUAUGACAUUUGUAAUCUCAUUAAUCUUACACCACUAAUUACAAUUUUUUUAGUCAUAAUUGGUGCCAAAACAAUCAGCCACAAAGUGUUGUAUCCGAUCAGACAUGAGGUUGAUCUCCUUCCCGACCUUGUUGAUGAUAUUACCUCCGAAGAAGAGCGAGUCCACUUCUUUCUGAAUCUCGUUUAUAUCACCCUUCAGAAUGAUCUCCCAUUAGAUACGGUACUUGAUGCGAUGAGGAAACUUCUGGAUACGGACUCCAGAUUAAGUGUGAUGACUUAUGUUAUACUUGCUCGUCAACUUUCUAUCAUUUUUUACAGUCAUCCCCUGCGGGCGAAGAUGGAACUGUUCUUGCGGAAACCUCUGGAAGAUGCGUUUGAUGAAUACGUAAUCAAUUAUAAGAGCGGUUUUACAAUUCAUCAGCAGUAGGUCGCAUUAAGAAUGGAUUCUUAUGCAAUUUCUUCUUUUUUAGACACAUCGCGGAGAUUUUAAUGGCAUUCAUGUGUGAACUGGAGUACGAACCGUGCGUUUCUUUGGCCUUAAAUUAUUUACGCGAUGUCCGUAUGAGUUGUGAGAACAGCACGGACAAGGAUGGGACUUGCAUCGAGUAAGUUGUUUACCCUUUUCACCAGAAAUAGAAGUAUUUUGUAUGAAGUACUGAUUAUUCAUCUUUCAGUUUCCCAAUUCCUCUUCGUCGAGGGAUCUUCAAUACAAUCAUGACGAAGGAUAAUCGAGAAGACAUUGAUUUCUUGAAGAGCAUGACCACCAGACGGAAUGAUGGCCUAAAGUUACAGUAUGCCUUUUCUUACCAGCCUUACGAAAGCAAAGAGACCCAUGCUGAAGACGAGAACCCAAUUAUCAUGGUGAUAGCACAUGGGAAACGCGGCAGCACUUUUGGUCUAAGGUAUUGCUUGCAGGGGAAGUACUCUAGGUGCGACGCUCAUAUUUUGACGAAACUUGGCGGUAAUGAAAAAACGUCUUUUUAAACAUUGGAAAAAAUGAGGUUCUAGCUUGUUUCUACAAUAGAAUAUCAGUCCUUUUCAAAAACAUCCGUAUUUUUAGUGUAAAUGUGAUAAAGUAUGCACAUUACUUUAUAACGGAAAACUGCAAGAAUUCUGCCGCUAUUGCAAUGCAGUAUAUCGCAAAGACCCUGGAAUAUGCAUCUCUUUAUGGCGACGACUUUAUCGAUGACUUCAUGACUCAGCAUAAUUGUACAGAAAUGUUUAGCAUAAUCAGAAAAAACGACGGUGAACACGCUUGUAACAUGUUGAAAAGACGUGGCCAAGUGCGAAGGGAUAUCUACCUAUCAAACGAACAAAUCUUAUCCACCUUCCUGACAGACCAGUCGUAA